CCCACAGUUCUCUGGCCCUUUGCAAAUAAACGCCUUACAGGACCUGUCUGGCCAUUCCUCACGGAGCUGCCUCGAGAGAGCAGAUGUCUGCCGGCCAGAGGUUUGCCUUUGCAAUAUGCAUUUUACAAAUAGGUGUCCUGAGUGCUGGGCCCACUCCUAGUUUUACCCCAGAGACCGGACAAGAGAAUGAGACACCACUUCCGAUAGACUGCAGAAUGAGUUCCUGGAGCGAAUGGUCAGUGUGUGACCCUUGCCUCAAACAAAUGUUUCGUUCAAGGAACAUUGAGGCCUUUGGGCAAUUUAAGGGGCAAAAGUGCGUGGAUGCUGUGGGAGACAGAAGACUGUGUGAGCCUACUGAGCCCUGCAGAGACCUGGAGGAAGACUGUGGGAAUGAGUUUAAAUGUGGCACAGGCAGAUGCAUAAAGAGGCGACUUCUGUGUAAUGGUGACAAUGACUGCGGGGACUUUUCAGAUGAGGAUGAUUGUGAAAGUGAUCCCCGUCCUCCCUGCCGUGACAGAGUAGUGGAAGAAUCCGAACUGGCCCGGACAGCAGGCUAUGGCAUCAACAUCUUAGGGAUGGAUCCCCUAAGCACACCUUUUGACAAUGAGUUCUACAAUGGAUUCUGUGACCGGGUUCGGGACGGAAAUACCUUGGUCUACUACCGCAGGCCCUGGAACGUGGCUUCUCUGGCCUAUGAAACCAAAGCCGACAAAAACUUCAGAACUGAAUAUUAUGAAGAACAGAUGCAAGCAUUCAAACAAAUUGUCCAAGAGAGGACAUCGAAUUUUAACGCAGAUAUAAAUUUAAAAUUCACACCUACGGAAGCAAUUGAACAGUGCAAAAGUAAACUUCAAGAAACUUCUGACAAUAAAGCACCCCUAGGUCUUACAAAUGCUGAGGCUAAAUUUCGAUUUGGGUAUUCCAAAAAUGAAACUUACCAACUGUUUUUGACACAUUCUUCAAAGAAGGAAAAAGUGUUCCUGCAUGUGAAGGGAGUAAUUCAUCUGGGAAGAUUUACAAUGAGAAGUCGGGAUGUCAUGCUGACAACAACUUUCUUGGAGGACAUAAAAGCUCUGCCACCUACCUAUGCAAAGGGGGAAUAUUUUGCAUUUUUGGAAACCUACGGAACCCACUACAGUAGCUCUGGGUCUCUAGGAGGACUCUAUGAACUAAUAUAUGUUUUGGAUAAAGCAGCCAUGGAAGAGAAAGGCGUUGAAAUAAGGGAUGUACAGAGAUGCCUCGGGUUUAGUUUGGAUGCUUCUCUGAAUGCUGGAGCUGAACUCACAGGAAAGAUCAAUAAAAACGAUUGUUUAAAGAGGGGUGAAGGUGGAACUGUAAACAUCACUAGUGAUAACCUUAUAGAUGAUGUUAUUUCACUCAUAAGAGGAGGAACCCAAAAAUAUGCAUAUGAGCUGAAAGAGAAGCUUCUCAAAGGAGCCAAAACGGUUGAUAUGACUGACUUUGUAAAUUGGGCCACUUCCUUAAAUGAUUCUCCAGUGCUCAUAAGUCAAAAACUGUCUCCUAUAUAUAAUCUGGUUCCAGUGAAAAUAAAAGACGCACACCUAAAGAAACAGAAUUUAGAAAGAGCCCUUGAAGAUUAUAUCACUGAAUUCAAUGUGAGGAAAUGCAACCCAUGCCAACAUGGAGGUACUGUGAUCCUGCUGGAUGGAGAAUGUCUGUGUACCUGCCCAAUGGCAUUUACAGGAAUUGCCUGUGAAACCAGAAAAAACCCAAAAACUUCUCAAGUGCCUUCUGCAUUCAAAAUUUCCUAAGACUCUAUGGAGGAUGUCAUGGUACACAGCCCGGGUCUGCCUUCAGGAUCAAGCACCCAUCCCCCCACCUCCUAUGAGUGUUACCUGCUGACAUUUCACAGCUGAGUCUCUCUUCAGGAAUUGCCCUGUAACAAGGGAGUGGUGCCCAAGAUUAUGCUCCCAAUCUGAAAGAAGCCCAUAUCUGAUAACUGGUCAAUGUGGUUGGUAUCUGAUGGGCCGCCCCACUUGCGUCAAUUGGUACAGCUCUGGAGCACUAUUCAGCUUUGGAGCUUCUUGUAUGAUUUGCUGAAGCCUCUGUUGCAAGAGCAUUACAAUUGAACUUCCCCUUAUUCCCAGUUGUGCUACCCAUACUCCUAACAUAUUUCCCCCCAAAACACAUGCUAAUAAAUCUAUUGCAUACAAACUCA